AACGGAUUCAAAGGUCAUGUUGUGAGGGUCGGGUUGUCGGGUCUUUCCCGUUUUCCAGAAGGUCGGAGGGAGAGAGCCAUGCUAGCUUAUGAAAUGUUAUUCUUGAGGUAUUAGACUGUUAUAUGCUGUUUUGAGUCUUCAAGUCCUGUCAGUUUGAAUCCAAACCUUAUUGCCAAAGAUGUUUUGGUCUGAUUUUACUCCAAGAUUUUUGUCAGAUUCUGACGCGUCUGCUUCAAAUUUAACAUCAUCCUCAGAUAUAGAUGUGCCAACAAGUCCCAGCGAUGAAGCCAAGAGGCAUUCUGAAGAUUUACUACGCGAUGCAUUAGAUUUUGCAAACAAAGCAACCUAUUACGAUUCCAUACGUCAGUCAAAGACUGCCAUAUUUUACUAUGUUGAAGCAAUACAAGCAAUGUUUAAUGCUGUUCUAGCAAAUCCUGAAUUGGAUAUUGCAAAGAAAUAUUCCAUGUACGUCAAGAGGGUAGAAGAACUUAAGAAAAUGGUUUCAUCCUCAUCAUCACAAGGUGUUGCCAAACAGAAAAGCAAAGAAGAUACUGCGAUGGAGAAGGCUAACUUUUUAAUCCGUCAAGCUUUUGAUGAAGAUGAUGAAGGCAACAAAGAGGAAGCAGCUGCCAUGUAUAUGGAGGCAGCAGAGAUCUGUAUUGAUGCAAGGAAAACUACUAAAGACCGGCAGUUAAAAGAGAAAUUGGAAAAAUUAGCAACACAAGCAUUAGAUAGAGCAGAGUCAUUGAAGAAAGAAAAGGAGAAAAAAAAUGUGGCUCCCAUCCUAGAUCUACCAAGUGUUCCAUCCCACUCACUGGAUGUUGAUGAUGAUGACAACCUUACAACAACAUCCUCAUCAACCUCAGUAACUGGUGACAAAUCUCCAAAUAGAACACGUCAGACAGGUGCUUCCAAAGGUCCUAAACCAAACACAGGAGGUAGUGGUGGUGGUGGCGGUGGUGGUGGUGCUAGAGGAGGAGGAGUGGGAGGAGGUGGAGGGACUGGGAGAGGUGGCGGUGGAAGGUAUACUCCUGAAGAAAUUGCGGUUCUCAGGAAAACAUCAUUUAUUAAUGGACGAGAGUACGUGCCAUUCAUUUCCCAGGCAGAUUUACGCGAGAGGUUUGGUUUCCCGGUUUCCUUUGUAGAUAAGGCAGGAAAACUAUCAAUUUCUCCAAAACAAAAAGAAAGGUUCGGAAGAUGGGUUCGAAUCGAAGAUAUAUCAUCUGACCCUCACAUGAUACUCACAAUUUCAAGUUUUAGCAUCAAACAAACUAUUGUACAGGACUGUUCAUUUGUAGCAUCAAUGGCAAUAUCAGCAAAUUAUGAAAGAAGAUUUAAGAAGAAAUUAAUUUCCAACAUUGUAUAUCCUCAAAACAAAGAAGGCCAGCCUGUGUAUAACCCUUGUGGCAAGUACAUGGUUAUACUGCAUAUUAAUGGAGUUAAAAGAAAAGUGAUUAUUGACGAUUUUUUACCUGAAGAUCGUCAUGGUAGCCUGUUAUGCUCCUUCUCUAGCAAUCGCAAUGAAUUCUGGGUAUCUAUCAUGGAGAAAGCUUACAUGAAGGUUAUGGGUGGCUAUGAUUUCCCAGGCUCCAACUCUAAUAUUGAUCUGCAUGCCUUAACUGGAUGGAUACCGGAACGAGUUGCAAUUCGUCUUGACAGCGCAGAGUUCAACAAAGAUGAGGUCUUCAAAAAAAUGAUAUCAAGAUUCCAUGUUGGGAAUGUUCUAAUCACCGUGGCAACAGGGGUGAUGUCAGAUGUGGAUGCUGAUAGAGCCGGAUUAGUACCAACUCAUGCAUAUGCAUUACUUGAUAUACGGGAGAUAAAGGGAAAGAAACUGAUUCAAUUGAAGAAUCCAUGGAGCCAUCUAAGGUGGAAAGGUCAUUAUUCUGAAUUUGAUGAAGAACAAUGGACACCUGAAUUGCAGAAGGCCCUCAACUUUGACCCCAAGAAUGCUCAACAAUUUGACAAUGGUGUAUUUUGGAUAGAUUAUGAUUCACUUUGUCACUUCUAUGAUGUCAUCUAUAUGAACUGGAACCCAUCGCUCUUUGCACACACUUACGUUCUCCACAACACAUGGCAAGCUGGGGAAGGACCAAAGAAAGACAGUUAUGUAUUAAGUAACAACCCACAGUACAGGCUUGACGUUAAAGGCAAGGGAGGGGUAUGGAUCCUUCUGACCAGGCAUAUCACAGACAAAGACGACUUUGCUGAUAACAAAGAGUUCAUUACCCUUUUGAUUUACAAAGGAGGAAAGAAAGUUUUCUAUCCUAAUGAGGCACCUCCAUACAUUGAUGGAACAAGAAUUAACAGUCCUCAUUAUCUAUGCAAGAUGGUAGUGAAGGAGGACGGAACAUCAUCUUUUACGGUUGUUGUGUCUCAGUUUGAAAAAAGCAACACCAUCCACUACUCAUUAAGGGUCUAUUCUACAAUUUCUGUGAAGUUGUAUAAAGUGCCUGAUCCAUACCAGCAUAGUAAACAGUUAACUGGAGAAUGGAAAGGUAAAACUGCAGGUGGAUGUGCCAACUUCCGUGACACAGUGGGAAACAAUCCUAUCUACCAAGUUAGUCUGCAAGAGAAAUCCAAGCCUAACUAUUUCAUGGUUGAUCUGAAGGGACCAAGGGAUUUCCAUGUAGGUUUUGAGUUGAAUGCUGUAUCAGCUGAUGGUACUGGGAGCAAUACAUUCCAGAAAUUAAAGAGUGGAGAUUACAGGCGUGGUUUCACCGCUCUUCAGCUAGAGGAUGUACCAGGUGGUAUUUAUAAUGUUAUGCCAACAACUUUUCAACCAGGACAGGAAGCUCCUUUUUUCUUAACAAUUUCAGCCUCAUGCCCGAUAAAAGUUGUCAUUCUGCAGUAGUGGUAAACAUUUGCAGCCUUUUACCAAAUGUAAGUUGUCCAUUUGCAACAGUAGUUAACAGUUGCAGCCUUGUGCAGGAAGAAACUUGUCAAUUUUGCGAUAGUGGUUAACAGUUGCAGCCUUCCACUAAAUGGCAUCUGAAAUAGGGGUUGACAGAUGCAACUUGUGCCAAGUAAAAGUUGUCUGCAGAAGUGGUCAGUGGCGUAACACCUAUGGGCUCUCAGGGGACGAAGCCCCGGGCCCCAGUCUAAAGGGGCCAUGGAGGGCCCUUCCUAAUAAAUAGCACUCUUCUAACACUGAACAGGGCCUUGAUAUUAUGGUCUGACAGAAGACACCCAAAACUAGCAAAUUAAAACAAACAUAAUACCACGUUUGUAACUCACGAAUGUGUGAACUUGCACGAUAAAUGUUCUACACGUGCCUGAAACCAGGCUAUGGGUUGAAGUUCCAGUAAAUUUUGCAUUUUUUGUUCUUAGAUUUGUUUUGUUACAUUUCAUUUGGCAGCAUUUUCCAGGUGCUCUCAAUAUAUUCCGCCCAACUAACUGGUUGUUUAUUUUAGUUUAUCUGGUAUAUAAUUUUAAAUGACGGCAAUUAGAUUUUUAUGGAAAAUAAUGUUAAAAGUCCUUGAAAAUUAUCCUUGGACAUGCAGCCAUCAAGAUGUAGAUAAUUAACAAAUUAUAUUUGAAGUAUUUGCAAUAUUAACAUUUUCAGUAUGUUUUUAAAAAACGGUCUCUGACUGUCUGUCCAUAUACAAAGCUGUUCUAUUCUGUGUAUACAUAUUUUGCAUUAACAUUUUAGAAUAAUAAGCUUUCAAUCACAAUUGGCAAUUAAAUUUGCCACAAAAACCUUCAUGGUCAAAUCUCGUGGCAAAAAAUUAAAUAUAUUUAUUUAUUCAACUUUAUUCUGGAUGGCACACUCAAUGUAAAGUCACUAAUUUUCAUUGUGGUCAAUUUAUAUAAACAUACUAAAGUGAUUGAAAAAUAAAAAUGUUUGGUAAUUUUAACAAAAAG